ACUUUCCCCUCACUUUUCCGUUUUCCUUCACAUACCCCCCCUCCCUCUCUCCUUCCCGGCUUUCCCGGGCCUUCCUCUUCCGUCUCGCCACAAAGGCUACCGCCAGCCUCGCCACUCCGCCGCCGCCGCCGCCCGGGACAAGCAAGGUCGAUCCCGACUCCCGAGGCCGCGGCGCACUGGCGGAAUGACCAGGAAGAAGAAGGGCGCCCGCGGUCGUCGGCCGAGGAGGGAAGCCGGCGACGAAUGGUGGCCCAGGAGGUACGCCGACCAGGAGUGGCCGCACCUCGUCGACAUGGUGCUGUCUUGGCGCCUCGAGGACGUCAUGGACGAGGGUCUCUUCAAGCACAAGCUGAAAAUGAUACCGUCCAUAUUCAAUGAUAUCAAGAGCUACUUAGGAUCCUACACAUCUCCACUGUUGGAGGAGUUGCGAGCUGACAUGUCGUCCAGCUUGGAAGCCAUCUCCACCGAGUCUUUUGUCAAAGUAGCAUGGAUCGAGCAAACAAAAUAUAGUGCAGUUUAUAACAUUGCUUUUGAGGAUUCUCAGAAUACAAAGUCUUGCAACAAACCUGAAAGCAAUGGCCGAAGUGUUGGUGAUAUCAUUAUCCUGUCUGAUGUGAAGCCAGAAAACACAUCUGAUAUUACUUGCAAUGGGAGGCCGUACUGUAUUGCCUUCAUUACUGAUGGAGCGGAUGAAGAUGACGACUCACCUCCAGCCAGCUAUGCAGUAACAGCAUCAGGAAAAAUUGAUGCUGCAGACGAGGUCAGUGAAGAUGGGAAGAGGAGCCCACUUUUUGCAGCUCAUUUGCUGAAUAUCGUGACCUACAUCCGCAUAUGGCGCUGCCUUGACUACACAACAGUCAGGAGAAACCCAAACCUCAUACAGGAGAUGGUACACUAUCCACUGGUUGCAAAUAUUCUCCCAAAAAAUACAAAGGGUGUUGCUUCAGUCGACAGCAUGGAAAUAUGGAGUGAAUUGUCUACAAUGAAUCUUAACAACUCACAAAAUGAUGCCAUCCUGAACUGUAUUUCAGCAAUGCUCUCCAACAGCAGCAGCAGUUUAAGCCUUAUCUGGGGACCUCCUGGCACAGGAAAGACUAAAACAAUCACUGUACUCUUGUGGUUAAUGAGGAAACAGAAAAAUGGUACACUUACAUGUGCACCGACAAACCUUGCUGUUAAACAAGUUGCUUCAUGUUUCUUAAGGUUGAGCAAAGAGAACCCUCUGGAUACAAGUUGCUUAGGAGAUGUUCUGUUGUUUGGCAAUAAACAUCGCAUGUGUGUUGAAGAUGAUCUGAAAGAGAUUUACUUACAUGAUCGUGUAAGGAAGCUUCUUGUUUGCUUUGCACCAUUGACUGGAUGGAGACAUUGUCUGUCUUCCAUGUACGAUUUUCUUGAGAAUGGUUACUCCCAGUACCUUCGAUAUUCUGAAGAACAAAAGGAGGAGAAUAAACCUUCCUUUUUGCAUUACACCAGGAAAAAACUUGAUGUUAUUUAUCCUGAGCUACGAAGAUGUUUCAAACAGCUACUAUUCCAUGUCCCAAAAUCUUGUAUUUUGGAGGUGAAUUACAAUAACAUCAUUUCACUUCUCGAACUGCUUGAAGAUUUCAAUACACUCCAGAGGAAAACUACCGGGGUUGAGAUAAAGGAAGUUUUCUUGUAUAAAGAUGUUCCAAGGAAAUCCAGCAUGGGCAUUCUUCCCAAGACAGUGAUAACCAUCGGCAAAACCAGAAUUAAAUGCCUUGAGCUGCUAAAGAUGCUAUUAAGUUGCUUGAAACUUCCUAUAACAUCCUCCAAACGCACCAUCCGAGAAUUCUGUAUGGAAAGUGCCAGCAUAAUUUUCUGCACUGUUUCUAGCUCUUCCAAAGUAACAAGCAAUAAAAAACUAGAGUUGCUUGUUGUCGAUGAGGCUGCUCAGUUGAAAGAAUGUGAAACAUUGAUCCCUUUGCGUUUGCCUGCAUUGAAGCAUGCUAUCCUCAUUGGUGAUGAGUGUCAACUACCAGCAACAGUUGUUAGUAAGGUUUGCAAGGAUGCAUUAUUUGGGAGAAGUCUCUUUGCGAGGUUGAGUUCACUGGGGCAUGAAAAGCAUCUGCUUAACAUGCAAUACAGAAUGCAUCCAUCCAUUAGCAUUUUUCCAAACAGCAGCUUCUAUGGCGGGCAACUCUUGGAUGCUCCUAGUGUCAUGCAAAAAGAACACCAAAAGAAGUAUCUUCCAGGUUCUAUGUUUGGUACUUACUCUUUCUUCAAUAUUGAAGAUAGUUGGGAGGAUGUCGAUGAACUUGAUCAUAGCAGGAAGAACGUGGUUGAAGUUACCAUUAUCCAGGAAAUCUUGCAAAAUCUCCGAAGAGCUUGUUCUAAGACUAUGAAGAAGGUCACAGUUGGUGUCAUAUGCCCAUACUCUGCUCAAGUUCUAGCAAUUCAAGAAAAACUGAGGAAAAUGAAGUUUGGCCCCUUGUCAGUAAAAAUUAGUUCUGUUGAUGGCUUCCAAGGUGGCGAGGAAGACAUAAUCAUUUUAUCAACUGUCAGGUCCAACUCUGAUGGGGUGGUAGGGUUUGUUUCAGACCGACAACGUACAAACGUAGCUUUGACAAGAGCAAGACAUUGCCUUUGGAUUUUGGGAAAUGCUGCAACCCCAUCCAGGAGUGGUUCUAUCUGGGCAGAUCUAGUGCGCAAUGCCAAGGAACGGCAGUGUUUCUUCAAUGCAAAAAGUGAUGGGGCUAUUUCUCGUGUGAUUGCUAAGCAUGAGAGUGAGCUCAGUUCAGUUAAAGACAAAAGUGUUACACCUUUACAAGUUAUAGAUAACACUGUUCGGGCAUUGACUCGCUGGUCCCUUUCCUCUACUACCUACGAGUUAUCUAGAAUUAGUUUUCAUCAUUUCUCAUGUUCAAUUUGCCAAGUGAAGCAUUCAUGAAUGUGCUAGUAUUUAUUUGUUUUAAACAGAAACAUGUGUUGCUAAAUAGAUUACCUGGAACUUGUUGUAGACUUAUCUUGUGCUAAUGGCCCUAUUUUUUUAGGUAUGGGUAUGGGAUUAUCUAUUUUAGUGCUAUGGAAUCAUAUACUAGGUCAAUUUUUCAGAACUAAGCUACUCCCUCUGUAAACAAAUUUUAAUGACUUAAAACGUAUUACAUUUGUUUACAGAGGUAGUAUUUCACUAGUUAGGAAUCCAUCUUCAUAUUGCUCAAACUUGAAAAUGCAGCAACAAGAGAACACAAGCUGUGAUUAAAUGCCUUAAUUAUUAGACCAACUAUGUAACUGUGCUACUAUCGGUACAGUCAAUAACUUGGUAGAAGUAACUCAAUGUAUUGCGUGCAACAUUUGUUAUGGAUCACAUGCUAGUUUACUUAUCGCUGUGACAAAGUCCUAUCAACGAAGUUCAUGAAAUAAUUAUGGACUUUGAAGCUGUUGCCUUGUGUAACUCAUAAUUCUGGUGUCCAUUCAGGCUCAGGCACCAUCUCGAACUCGAAAGGGGCGGAAACGUCAACGACAGCCUUCUUUGAAAUGUGGUCCAUCUGAUGCUGGGAGUCGUCAACAAGGCGGUGUCGCUUCCGGUUCUGAUCCGCAUCGCCGAAAGGAUAAAGG